UUGCAGAAUAUGACGCCAUCGAAACACAUUAGAAUAAAAAGUCCAACGAAACCAUCACCUACAAAAGUUGGCAAGAAGAAAAAGUAUUCCGCUGGUGCACAGGCCGACAAAUGUGAUUUGACUGAGAAUUCGAAAACAUUUAUGAAAUGUGGUGAACGGCGCAUCAGUGCAACUCCAUCACAAACCAGUGCUGUGUAUCCCGUGAGCAGUAGUCCAGUGUCGGUUUAUUGUUCAACGGAUGAAUUGUCCUCUGGAAGACGAACACCGUAUGAAAAAUUAUCGGAAGCGUCAGAUUCAGGAAUGAUGGAAAAUCCGUUAUAUAUAUUACCGAAAAAUUUUUCACCUCGUGAUCGAGCAUCGACAUCUGCAUCUCGGAUUUUCUUCAGCGGAACUACUCAGCGUACCUCUAAAAGUCCUUCUUUCUUUACUUCGUUAGAUGAUCGACUUAGUAGCAGUGGUUUGAGUACAAUUGAAAAUCUUUCGUAUAAACCACCGAAUGAAAUGAAAGUUUCACGCAGUACCAUGACACAGAUAACCUUAGAUAGUCCCGUUGAAGGAGGCUUAGAUAUGGAUACUACAAAGCGUUCGUUGAAUUCACUUAAUAGUGAAAGUGCUUCAUUCUGUGAAGACUCAUCAUUGUUCGCAGAUCUAUCAUUACAAGAUGCAGCAUUGAAUGUUAACGAUUUAUAUGUACCUAUGUCGACAGUAGAGCAAAAUGUGUCAAGUAUAUCUCCGCGAUUUCUUGAUCAAUGUAACGAUCAAAAAGAAACUUUUAUCCACGGUGAUGCCGUUCAUUAUAUCUCUGAAAGUGCACAGGUCGGGUGUGAGUAUCCACCUGAGAUACACGCACCAAUCCUACCCAGAACAUCCGUAGGGUAUCAACCACAAAGGCCGUAUACGUUGGAUCUCACUUCGCCACCUACUCCAGCUGAAAGUGGGAUAAGCACUGCAGGAAGUUCUUAUCGUAGUUUUUCCAGUACCGACCAAGGACCACAAGAUCAUGCUCCACCUCCUGUGGAUAUCGUUUCACGUCUGGCCCCGCCAAUACCACCACGAAAUAAUGCAAGGCGUCCUGAAGAUGAAACUACGGCAUUGCAACGUCAACGAUUAAGUCCCGUUUCGCAAUCACCUUAAAGGUUAAUGUUGAUAAUAGGUUGGGAGCGGAAUUGCAUGUGCAUCUUCGAUUUUCAUCGUCAACCUCCAGUGAUGCUAAAGCUUAUUUUCUGUUUCCUUUUUUCGUUCGUUUGUUUAUAAAUAUUAACCAAUUUGUUGUGUAAUUUGUCAUUCUAAGUCAUUCCUUGUUGUGCUCUAAUGUAUGGAAUAUUUUCCCAUGGAGAAGAGACAAAUAGUCCAUUCUUUUUUCUCUUAUUUCUCGCUCAUAGAAAUUGGGAAGUUUUAACUGAG